CAGCGGCAGUACCACCAAGGUCAAAGUUCACACAGACGCGCUCUGUGAUUGAUGAGGAUUAAGAGACAGAUUUUGCCUAAUAGGAAACACAACAACGUCCUCCUCAUCCACACCGGGUAAAGAACUUUUAAUGGCGUCCCGGUAGAGGCAUCAAGAUGAACCCGUUACCAUCAAUGGACCGGCACAUCCAGCAGACCAAUGACAGGCUGCAGUGCAUCAAACAGCACUUACAGAACCCAGCCAACUUCCACUCAGCAGCCACAGAGCUGCUCGACUGGUGUGGAGAUCCCCGGGCCUUCCAGCGACCUUUCGAGCAAAGUCUCAUGGGAUGUCUGACGGUGGUGAGUCGCGUCGCUGCUCAGCAGGGGUUUGACUUGGACCUGGGCUACAGGUUGCUGGCUGUGUGCGCCGCCAACAGGGACAAAUUCACACCCAAAUCUGCAGCCCUGCUGUCGUCGUGGUGCGAGGAGCUGGGUCGUCUCCUCCUGCUGCGUCACCAGAAGAACAGGCAGAACGAACCGCAGGGAAAAGUCCCCAUGCAGCCCAGCAUGAGCAGCAUGAAGCCCGGCCUCACACACAGUGAUGGAUCCUUUCCCUAUGACUCUGUCCCCUGGCAACAAAACACCAACCAGCCCCCUGGGUCAUUGUCUGUGGUUACAACAGUGUGGGGCGUGACCAAUACGUCACAGAGUCAGGUGCUGGGUAACCCAAUGGCAAACAGCAAUAACCCCAUGAAUCCUGGGGGUAACCCCAUGGGAUCAGGUAUGUCUGCCAGCGCAGCAGGGCUCAACUCACCUCAGUUCAGUGCUCAGCAGCAACAGUUCCCAAACAAAGGAGGCUCCAACCAACCAUACAUGCAGCAGGGCAUGUACGGCAGGCCUGGCUACCCUGGAGGUCCUGGGGGAUACAGCGGAAGUUAUUCUGGAGGCCCAAACGCCCCUCCAGGAGGUAUGGGAAUGGCCUCCCACACACGUCCUCCUGGUGACUUCACACAGCCAGCUGCCGCUGCUGCAGCAGCUGCUGUUGCUGCUGCUGCUGCUACGGCAACAGCCACGGCAACGGCCACGGUAGCAGCUCUGCAGGAAACCCAGAAUAAAGAUAUGAACCAGUAUGGACAGAUGUGUUCAUCGUUUCAAAUGGGCCCCGCUCAGGCCUACAAUAGCCAGUUCAUGAACCAGCCAGGCCCGCGAGGCCCCCCUGGAGGUAUGAAUCCAGCCAGCAUGGGAUCAGCCAUGAGCAACCCUAAUAUGAGCGGGCCUCCCAUGGGCAUGAACCAGACUCGCACCCCAGGCAUGGGGCCUUUCGGUGGUCACGGCCAAAGGAUGCCCCAGCAGGGGUAUCCUGGAGGACCUCGACAGGGCAUGCCCAUGCAGGGGAUGAAGAGGCCGUAUCCUGGGGAGGCAAGUUACGGGGGACAGCAGUACGGGCCAAGCAGUCAGUUCCCACCACAGCAGGGGCAGUACCCCACAUCAAAUGCCUCCAGGCCGCUGCCCUCUCCUAACUACCCCGGCCAGAGGAUGCCAGGGCAGCAGGGCCAGGGACAAUACCCUCCUGGCAUGCCCAUGGGCCAGUAUUAUAAGCAAGAGCCCUUCAAUGGUCAGAGCACCAACUUCUCUGGAGGUGGAUACUCCUACGGUCAAGGAAAUGGGCCCCCCAGGCCCGGUAACUACCCCCACUCCCCGGUCCCUGGAAACCCCACACCGCCUAUGACCCCAGGAAGUAGUAUUCCUCCGUACCUGUCGCCAAACCAGGAUGUGAAACCCCCGUUUCCACCCGAUAUGAAACCAAAUAUGACAGCACUUCCGCCCCCUCCGAAUAACCCCAACGAGGAGCUGCGGCUGACGUUCCCAGUCAGGGAUGGAGUCGUGCUGGAGCCAUUCCGCUUGGAGCACAACCUGGCUGUCAGCAACCACGUCUUCCACCUUCGACCCUCCGUCCACCAGACCCUCAUGUGGAGGUCAGACCUUGAGCUGCAGUUUAAGUGCUACCACCACGAGGACAGGCAGAUGAACACCAACUGGCCCGCUUCCGUCCAGGUCAGCGUCAACGCCACGCCCCUCACCAUUGAGAGGGGAGACAACAAAACCUCCCACAAACCCCUGCACCUUAAGCACGUAUGCCAACCUGGGAGAAACACCAUCCAGAUCACCGUCACCGCCUGCUGUUGUUCCCACCUGUUUGUGCUGCAGCUGGUCCACAGGCCAUCUGUGCGAUCCGUCCUCCAGGGGCUCCUGAAGAAGAGACUCCUUCCUGCAGAACACUGCAUCACCAAGAUUAAAAGGAACUUCAGCAGCGUGGCGGCGUCAGCAGGCAACACCACUCUUAACGGCGAAGACGGCGUGGAGCAGACGGCCAUUAAAGUGUCGCUGAAAUGUCCCAUUACCUUCCGACGCAUCCAGCUACCUGCACGAGGGCAUGACUGCAAACAUGUCCAGUGUUUUGAUCUGGAGUCCUACUUACAGCUUAACUGUGAGAGGGGGACAUGGAGGUGUCCUGUGUGCAAUAAAACAGCAUUAUUAGAAGGUCUGGAGGUGGACCAGUACAUGUGGGGAAUCCUCAAUGCCAUCCAAAACUCAGAGUUCGAGGAGGUCACUAUAGACCCAACAUGUAGCUGGCGACCUGUCCCCAUUAAAUCUGAGCUACACAUCAAAGAGGACCCUGACGGACCGCUGGCCAAACGCUUUAAGACCAUGAGCCCCAGUCAGAUGACCAUGCCCAAUGUGAUGGAGAUGAUCGCCCAGCUAGGGCCCGGUCCUGGCCCAGGACCUGGACCUGGCCCCGGUCCAGGUCCCAGCCCCUACCCUCCACACCCUGGUCAACAUACUAGUGGCAACGGGGGAGAUUAUCCAGGGGCAGGCAACAGUUACCACAGCCAAGGAAACUUUGACUUCCCUCACGGGAACCCCUCUGGUGGUGGAGUUGGAGGAGGUGGUGGUGGUGGAGGUCCCCCUAUGAAUGACUUCAUCCAUGGCCCCCAGCUCUCUCAUCCCCCAGAUGGACCCGGUGGUCUCCUCUCCCAGGACAAGCCCCUGACCCACGGCAUGAAUGAUGCAAUGUCCCAUCCCGAUCAGUCCCAUAACUCCAUGCAGCAGAGCUUGCAUGCGUCUCCCCACCCUGGCAGCCAAACAGGGCCGCCCUUACAUCACAGUGGCCAGUCAGGGCAGCCUUUGCAUCACAGUGGCCAGUCAUCGCAGCCGCCUCGCCAGUCGCAGCCUCAGCCGCAGCCUCAGCAGCCUGGGCAGAACAGUCACCCCCACAGCGAUCUGAACUUUAACCCCUCCUCAGAUGGGCAGAUGGGUCAGGGAGCCCAGGAUAUGCCUGAACCCUCCCUGGAUCUGCUUCCAGAGCUUGCCAACCCAGACGAGUUACUAUCAUACCUGGACCCCCCCGACCUUCCCGCCAACAGCAACGACGACCUUCUCUCCCUCUUCGAGAACAACUAGCCCCUCACCUCCCCUACAAGCCCUCCUGCGCCUACAGGAGUGGUGACGUGUUUGACUGUCCGUCCACAGACACUUCACCCACCUCCGGUCGUCACUUCAAGCAGCUUCCUGUGCUCACGCACGCACACACAUACACAAUCUCUCGACAGAUAAUGUGUGGCAUAGGAGCCCGGCUAUAAAAGAGGCACCUGUUUGGGAACUCCAAAGGGGAAAGCAGGAAUGCCACUCAUCCCCGUACUCCCUUUUCUUUUCCUCCUGUAAAGAUUCCACGCACCAGUUCCACCGCCUCUGACUCGAAACAUGCCAUUUACAGCCAUGUUGGCGGGCACUAAAGUGAUAUUAUAUAUAUACAUAUAUGAUAUUUGUGACUUUUCAACUGAAAACUGUGCAGCUAUAAUCAUCAUGUGUAACAACACGGAGGAGACCGGAGCCUUUGUGGGCUCUAGGAAAAGUGUUGUAGCUUUGUUUUAUUGUUUGUUUGUUUGUUUGUUUUUAAUUAUAAUUUUCCUUUUGUGAAAAAAGAUAAGUCCAAGGGAAUUAUUGUCUUGUAAGAAUGUUUUUAUCCUGUUGGAAAUGUGUUCUUCCAAAACUUUGGCACAUGCCAUGCCCUUUGACCCCCAGACUUCCCUG